AAUGCGUCAGGGGCCUGAUGGAACCCGGAAGUGAUGACGUGUACCGGGCAGAGCAGACAGAGAAAGAAGCGUAAGCAGUUGAUUACCUAUCGAUAAGUAAUCAAUUGCCGAACUAUCUUCGGUGGCUGCUGACAGGAGCAAGAGCCUCAGCCAUGGAGGCUCUCUACCAUCAAAGUAACAAGCAUGUCCACGAAGUUCAGUCUCAGAUGGGGCGGCUGGAGACAUGUGACAGACAGUCUGUACACCUCAUAGAGAAUGAGAUCCAAGCAAGAAUAGACCAGAUCUUUAGUAACUUGGAGCGUUUGGAGAUCUUGUCCAGCAAAGAACCUCCGAGCAAACGUCAGAAUGCCAAACUCCGUGUAGACCAGCUGAAAUAUGAUGUACAGCAUCUACAGACAGCAUUGAGGAACUUUCAGCAUCGGCGGUACACCCGGGAGCAACAGGAAAGAGACAGAGAGGAGCUGCUGACACGAAGUUACACCACCAAUGAUUCAGAGACCUCAAUACACAUUGAUGAAACCCUCCAAUUUAAUUCAUCUGUCCGUAACGCCCACCAAGGGAUAGACGACCUCCUGGGGAGUGGGACCAGUGUACUGGAAGGGCUGAGGGACCAAAGGAAGACCUUAAAGGGAACCCAGAAGAAGAUUUUGGAUGUUGCAAAUAUGCUGGGUCUGUCCAACACCGUUAUGAGACUAAUAGAGAAGAGAGCGUUUCAGGAUAAGGUCAUCAUGAUUGGUGGCAUGUUGCUGACCUGUGUCAUCAUGGUUCUGGUCUUCAAAUACCUGACAUGAGAUUGAGGACAAGCAUUCUAUUGUACAGACUGUCCCUCUGCCUCCUUCCCUGCCUCCACCGCUACUGUGAAAUCUCCAUACCAUCAUUGCAGACAGGGAAAUGAGAAAAUGUUGUUAAGGAAAGAAAACAGCCUUUUGCCAAGAGUGACAUAUGUUCUUAAAUGUAUUUAAUACCGUCUCCUAGUAAACUGCACAAUGUCUAUUAAAAUGAAUGAUGUGGUAAAGCGCAGGGAGAAAAGCUUGCUGAUAUGGAGUUUAUAUUGUAAAUGUUACUCUUGAGCAGCUGGGUUGGCAUUAGCAGAAGGCUAGGGAAGUUCUGUAGCAUGGUCUGAGCAGGGGUGCCAGAUAAUUAGGCAGUGAUAGGAUUAACAGAGAAAUGAAAAUUGCAUCUGAGGUCUGUGCCCAGAUCUGUAUGUGAGUAAGGGAGAAGUCAGCCUAGAACAUGUUUUUGCAUUUAGGGUAGAGAGUGCAGCAAAAUGUCCUUCUCUUCUCUUGUGCCCAUGUAAGAGCCUUCAGUAAUCUGCCAAAGCAUUGAAGGUCAAACGUUGGCUCUAAUGGAUGUGUCCUAAGUAAAAUAUACAUUUCCAA